GAACAACCAGAACACUGAGAACAUGAUCUGAAUAAUAAACCAGAAUAAUGAGCGUGAACACUGAACACUCUUGCUUCCUCUCUGAUAUAAGCCACGAGCUCUAUGACUUGUGACAAUAUACAGUGUUUGUUUAGAAUUUUGAGCGGAUAGAAUGAAUUUUUCAUUAUCAAUAGCAUUAUAUUCUUUACCUUAAAUACUACUUAUAGGGAUAACCAUUGUUUGAUACAAAAAUAGGUUAGGAACAUACUGAAAGGAAAUAUUUUAAGUUGUCAUGAUAUUUAGGUUAUGAUGUACGACAAUAUCGUUAAAAAUAUCGGUAAUGAUUUAGUUAAAAAGUGAGCUUUUAUACACGAUUGAGCAUUUAAAAAUGUUUAUUUCCUUUUGUUACAAAUAAUUUGUUGUUGUACAAUAUAUAUAUAUAUAUAUAAAAAAAAAAAAAAAAAAAAAAAUGACAGAUAAAGAAAGGGAUACCUUUUUAAAGUUUUUACGAGAUUUGAAAGUAAAGAAGAAAGAUUAUUCUACAUUUGAAGAAUCACUCGGUAUAUUACAAAAUUAUGCUGCGACUAAAGGGUUGAUAGAUGAAGAUAUCGAUUUGUUAGCAGAUAUUAUUAUAAAUACAGAAUUAGGUGCCACUAAAUUAGUAUCCUUGGCAAAGUGUUUAGUUCCAAGACACGAGAUACCUGAACGCACGGUUAAGUCCCUUAUUUCUUGGUGCCUAGCAUCUAUAAAUGAACUGCCCAUUACUGUAUCCACUAUUAUUAUACAAUGGACAGUUGGCAUAUUGGACUAUCAACUAAUAGAUAAAAAAGUUAUAAAUAUAUAUUAUAGCGUCUUCUUUUAUAUGAUGUUGAAAAAGGAAAGACUGGAAAGACAUAUAGCGCGUAUCAUUUAUGUAUUAACAAAACCAGAAGAUGUAACUCGCAGAGAUGUAUCUAGAUUACUAAAUCUUCAUCAGAAAUAUUCGAAACCUCGUAAACAUAUUAUUGUCUUAUUGUCAUUAUUCAAAUCUUACAAACCAGAAUUAGUACCUGAAAAAAUUCAAUCUAUAAAUACAGAAAGUGUAUGGAAACCAAUACCUGAAAUUUUGCGAUUAAUGCUUCAAGAUGCGAAAAGUCGUUUAGAGAUUCAACAAACACAGGACUUACAUUCAGAGUGUUUUAACUGGAAUGUAUUUGAGUUUAUGAAAACAAAGAAGACUGUAGCACCUCUGUUACCACCUGUAGGAUAUUUUCAAAUUGGCUCUAAUAUUUUCAAAGAGAAGGAUACAAAAUCUAUCUUUGAGAUUUCUAGUACAGAAGAAUUGGGAAAAUUGCACUUAAGCGUAGAAUUACCGUGUAAUGCCAUAUCACUUUUGUCUAAUAUUGCUGGUUACCAUCUUCUUACAUUUGCUGAUUUCCACUAUCAGAGUAGAUUCUCUUAUAAUCUCUACAAUACUUUAAUAAGAGCAUUUAUCUUGGAAAAUGAAAAAUUUUCUACAGAAGAAAUUAACAAAUUACUUGACAUAACUAUAGAAUUUUCACAAUAUAUGCAACAAGAUAUACUUGUCGUUAAUCGUUUCCUUGAUGAAUAUCUGUAUUUUAAUACGGGAGAAUAUCAAUCAAAGUUACUAGUUUUAUUGCAAUGGAUGACGUCGGUGUCUAUUAGCGAUUUACAGGAAAAGAUAUUAGUUCAUGUACAAAAUAUGUUUUACGAAUCAACCUUAAGUAUGAAGUGUGAGAUUAUCAGAACAUUGAAAAUGUUGAUCACAAAUUUGUUUGUUAGUCAAGCAUUUGAAGAAUGCAGUCAUAAAACACCUGCACCAUUUCUAGGACAAGGUGCAGUGGAUAAUUUAGAAGAGGCUAUUCCUAUUCUCACAAAAACCUCAAAAACCCUUAUCGUGUCUGGUUUAAACAUACAUUCGUACGAUAUUUUAUUACUAUCGGAGGCAUUAUCAUUUUAUGAGGAGAUUUGUAUAUUGGAAAAUCGAAGUACCGUAAUGUCGUUUACAUUAGCACCCCCUGCAGUAAUUUAUGGAGGUUUUAUUACGAAGCAUUGUGCGAUUUUGUCAAAAAUAUGCAAAUUGCUAUUGAGGUAUCGUAAUAGAAGUUUACAAUUAAAAAAUCGUAAGGUACAAAAGUUAUAUAAGAAAAAGUUUAAUAUUAUAUCUAUCUAUGCUCAAGACAUUGUUGAAGCAUUAUGGUAUGACGAGCCAUUUAAAAAACGCAGUAAUAUGUACUUUUUAAGAAAUGUUCCAACGAGGGUGAUGGAAGAUUUAAAACAUUGCAAUCUAAAUUGCCUUUUAAAUAUUGGUAACCAUUACGCCAUCUUACCUUACAAAUGUAUAUUGAACAAAACAGGACUGAGUAUUAACACAAGAGAGGCUGCUAUGAGCGUAGCAUUGUAUUAUUAUCCAACCGUAAGUGAAUUUCUUGAUAUAUUUCAAAAUUAACUGUAAUAAUAAAUUUAGAUAUUAAAAGGUAUGUACAUUAUUUCCGAAGAAAUUUAAGAUACUCUUGAGAUGUAAUAAAUGUUUUUAGCUGUACGUUUUAUACAUUAAAACAGUAAUUUAUAAAGUUUGUAAUAAUAAGUACGUGUGAAAUAAGUUGAUUUAAAUUAA